UUGCAGUAUAGUUCCAUCAGAGAUACGUGCAAAAAAAAAAAAAAAAAAACUACCGCACUAACCUAAAAUCCGACACACACUCAACGACAGACAGACAACGGUGGUUAGACUAGGGGGGGAAUAGUAAAAUUAUAUAAUCAGUGAACCCUUGAGUCAGUCUUUUAAGCAGCUGCAAACGAGAUGUCUGCUCCAGCACCCGAUGCUGCUGCCCCAGCAGGGGCCCCCGGAGCCCCAGGGGCCCCUGGUGGAGAAGGGGGUGCUCCAGGAGGUGGACCCCCACCAGCUCCCCCCAACCUCUCCAGCAACCGCAGAUUGCAACAGACACAGGCGCAAGUAGAAGAGGUGGUGGACAUCAUGCGUGUGAACGUGGACAAGGUACUGGAGCGGGACCAGAAGCUGUCGGAGCUGGACGACCGGGCCGACGCCUUGCAGGCCGGGGCCUCCCAGUUUGAGAGCUGCGCCGCCAAGCUGAAGAACAAGUACUGGUGGAAAAACUGCAAGAUGAUGAUCAUGAUGGGAAUCAUUGGAGUCAUCGUGGUCGGAAUAAUUUUCUUGUAUUUCUUCUCUUGAGCUGACCCCUGUGUGGAAGGACACAGACUCCACAAUGACAAAGGGAGGGCGGGGGGAGGGGAACAACAAAACCUUCAAACUCUACUCUCCUUUUCCCUCUCUCCCUCCCUCCCUCUCUCCCUCGACCCCACCCUCUCUCCACACCGAAGUCUUCCAUCCAACCAUCUUGCACUUAAAAUGUGUCGGUAGUGUGUAGACAUCGAUAUCUCUGCUCUCUUCCCUCCCUAACCCUUUUUUCCCUCACUUGCUCUUUCUCUUUUUGGAUCAGCAUGUCUCUUGCUCUCUCACCGUCUCUGUGUCUAAUGCAUUAUUGAAGGGUCCGGCUGACACAAAUAAGAGGAGUUUGACAGAGAGAGAGAGAGAGAGAAGGAUGUGAAAAAAAGAGUGGGAAGGAAGGAGACAACGAGAAGGAUAGGAAAGGCAGAGAGUAGAAGAAAGAGAGGAGGAGUGUUUUGGGAAAUAUAGCAGGUGAUAUGGAUUACAUUUUCUAAAUCCUAAUUACGCCAAAGCUUGUUCAUUUUACCUUUUGGAAGCUUCUUGCAUUUGUAAAUUGAUACUGACAUACCUAACAAUGUUCCAGCCUCCUACCAUUGCUACUAUUACUAUUACUAAUAAUAAUAAUAAUACAAACUCAUGAUUAUGAUAAUAAGAUAAUAUGAAUAAUUUUGUUGUGUUUGUGUACUUGUGAACUAAAUCUUUGUAGCUAUUAGCUUUCCCCAAAUUCUGUUUAUUUUGCUCUUCUGGUGUUCCUUCCUUUAUCUCCUCUUCCAUCAUUCUCUCUCUGUCUGCUUCUGUGAAAGAGGAAGGUGCAGAGAGACUGAAGGAAAGAUGAGGAAGAAUUCAGUUAAGAUUUUAAGUUGAUUAUCUUAAGUUUUGGUGUGUCUCUAUACUCGCGCCACCAUCAGACGGGAAAACAGAUGCAGAAUAAACCAGGGAAUGCAGGAAAAUGCAUAAAGAAAAUAAAAUAAAGAGACAUAAAAAGAGACACAAAUAUUGUAAACAACACAGGUUUGAGACUCGCAGUCUCUUUGCUGUGCGAUCAGGCACGUUCUGAAUCCCCCCUGACGAUGACGCGCCUAACAGGCUGCCCGGUAAGCAACGUGAGACGUGUCAAAAAUAUCGGUCGUUUCCGUAAAUGUUUCGCUAACGAGUUGAAGACGUGGCGGCGCAGAGCCGGUUGGUUCUGUUCACACAGCCGUAUGUCGAAAAUGUGCGCUGUCUGCAGCGGCGACGCCCGACAACCGCCGUGGUUCUGGUGUGAGUGGUUCGCCAUCGCGUGUGCGAAGACAUGCUGUGUACUGUGGACUCACUGGAGCGCUGUUUAUGUCCCUGAUGACUUGCAUGGCAAACAGUGGCCCUAUAAUCCCAUAUAUGCCCAUCGGUGUACUACUGUGUCUGUCAUUUCAAUCUCUGCUUUUCAGUGCAUUUUUCGCGUUACCGUUGUGUGAAGAAGAACCCUGUGUUGCUUCAAUAUGAAAUAUCAUUUGUAAGAAAUGCCAUAAGACCAAGGUCAUACCAAGUGUCCUAUUUUGUUAUGAGUUAGUCACAUGCUUGAGGAAAAAAUAAUAAUUAGUGUGUGGUACAAUGAAGAAACUCUUAUAUUUAAGGCAAAAAAGAACCAUAGACGGAUUUAACUUUCGCCAAAAUACUGAUUCUCUUUUUCUCUUCCCUUAUUUGUAAGUUACUGCUGAAAGUUGAAACAUUUCUCAAGGACUGUUAAGAUUAAAAGUUGUAAAAACCUGAAAAUGUAAAUUGUAUUUAUGGAUGAAAUAUAAAGGUUAUCAUGACUCAAGGGUAAUUAAAAACGAUCAAACAAAUAUGAGAGAUGCUACUGAAUUAUGUGAUUGUCAUUUAAAUGCAUGCCUAUUUGCCGAACACUUUUGCUGAUGCCAAUAAAGAAAUCAUCGAUA